ACCCAAUACUAUAGUUAUUAAUUCAAAAUUCCAGGUUUUCCGGGUCUAAAAUUUGGAACAAGUUCAAUGUACUAAAAUCGCGUUCCAAUUUGUUCUAUACCUAUUUUAUCCGGGUAUGAUAUCAAGAACCGAAUUGGAACCGGUUCAUAUAUACCGGUGCGGUUGCUGGAUCUACGAAUCCUUGAAUUCCGGUUUCCAGGUUUGGAUCCAUUUGGACUGAGUUCAGACCCUCUUUCCCUACUUCUGAGUAGUGCAAAAAUCCGAAACCCAUUUGAUCCAAUUUUUAUGCACCUUUGCCUGCGACUCCGAGGGAAGCCACGAUGCAUUGAUUAAUAGAUAACAACACAGCAAUUAGUCGGUCAUAAUCCCACCGGAAUUUGCUGCUAAUGCCGUAGUUGGAGUUACGCUUUCCGCCGAUUUGAUUCUUUGCUUUUUGCAAGACGCUGCGAGAGCUUUUAAUAUACCCACCACAACUCCCAAAUCAAACAAAAUAAAUGUGGUGGAGAUCUGCUUCCUUCAUUCUCGACAGGAACGACAAUCUUCUUCAAGACGAUUCCGUUCCCAAGGCUGAAAGCCGUAUUAUCUCUCCGCCUUCAUCCUCCAUGGCCGACACCCUCAACAACCCUAACCCUAUCCCUGUCAACAACAUAUCCGCUUACUACCAGACAAGAGCGGCCCACCACGGAGUCGUUACAAGCGAUUGGCUCGCUCAGGCUCAAGCCGCCGUUGGCCAUGACCAAGAUACCCUGCCAUCUGAUCCUGACACUUCACUUAACUCCAGCAGCUCCGAAAAGCCGUUCAGCGUCAUCGAUGAGUUUAAUAACUGGAGGAAACAGCCUGAUUUGGCGGAAGCGGUGGCGGCUAUUAGGGCUUUGGCUUCUGUUAUUAGGUCUAGUGAGGCCACCACCAUGAUGGAACUCCAAAGAGAACUCAAGACAGCGUCGGAUUCUCUCAAGUCAUGGGACACAACUUCCAUCUCAUUAACAGCAGGUUGUGAUCUUUUUAUGCGCUACGUAACUAGAACUUCAGCUGUAGAAUAUGAAGACUUCAAUGCAGCCAAGUCUCGAUUCCUUGAACGCGCAUUGAAAUUUGGGGAGAUUUCUUAUAAGGCUCGAAAAAUCAUUGCAAUGCUAGGUCAAGAUUUUAUCUUUAAUGGCUGUACAAUCCUCGUACACGGUUUCUCUAGAGUUGUUCUUGAAAUCUUGAAAACCGCAGCACAAAGCAAGAAAGUCUUUCGAGUUCUCUGCACAGAGGGGCGACCAGAUAGAACAGGGUUAAGAUUUUCAAAUGAGCUGGCAAAGCUUGAUGUUCCUGUGAAGCUCUUAAUCGAUUCAGCUGUAGCAUACAGUAUGGAUGAAGUUGACAUGGUGAUUGUGGGAGCAGAUGGAGUUGUUGAAAGUGGAGGUAUAAUUAACAUGAUGGGGACAUAUCAGAUUGCAUUGGUGGCUAAAAGCAUGGAUAAGCCUGUUUAUGUUGCUGCUGAAAGUUACAAGUUUGCUCGUUUGUAUCCGUUGGAUCAGAAGGACAUGGUACCUGCAUUAAGGGCCGUUGAUUUUGGGGUACCAAUUCCAUCAAAAGUUGAGGUUGAAACAUCUGCUAGGGAUUACACACCACCUCAAUAUUUGACACUGCUUUUUACAGAUUUGGGUGUUUUGACACCUUCUGUUGUUAGUGAUGAGCUUAUCCAGCUUUACUUGUAAGGUUGGGGAUUUUAAUUAUUUUUGGUAGAUGAUAGUGAUGAGGCUCUUUAACAAUUGGAGAUGAGGGUUGUUUUUUACUUUUUAUCUAUAAAUUUUGAUGAUUUGGAUUUGCAAUGUGAAUCUUUUUUACUGUUUUAGUUUGACUUUCUUGGUUACAUGGAGAAUAUGGAGUUAUUGUGUCUCGUUAUGUGUAAAACACGCUGGAUUGUAAUGGAUUUCCAUUCUAGAUUCCUCAAAGUAAAUGGCUAAAUGCCUCCUAACUUGUUACUGGAUUGAUGCUGGAUAUACAAAUGGUGAGAGUUUUAGCUCUUCUUAGAUGUGAAGAUGUCACAAGUCUGUCAUUUAAACGCCAAAAGUUUAUUUAAAGAGAAAAAGAAG